AUCACUACCACACAUCCAGUGCUAAGCACAAGUGAGAUAGGGCUCUGCUUCGUUCAUCACAGGCUCGCACAACCUGUCAUCUCCAGCCAUUCAUUCUGCCCUCCCUCGCUUCGGCGCACGCUGCAUUCCUCUGGUAGCUUUUGGAUAGCGCAUAGCGAUGUUUUUCUGCAGAACGGCCUGGCAAAGAUGUGGGCAUUUGGCAAGGAAGUCAGCCUACCAGUUAUCUAGAGAUGUACUGCCACGGCGACAGAUGUCGUCGCUCCCCGGUGGUACUGGUGAUAAUAUCAUCUAUGCCCUGCUAUGUGGUGGGGCCUUCGCUGGAGCUGUCGCCUAUACGUACAACACUGUGACCACAGACCACGCCAGAUUCACCGACCGUGUAGCGGAUAUCAACGCUCGUCCCAAGACCGAGUGGGUUCCCAAACCAUGGCCCCCCAAGAGCAGGGAUGAGGAAGAGGAGGGUGAGGAAGCAGUAGCUGAUGGAGAGGAGGAAGCAGUAGCUGAUGGAGAGGAGGAAGCAGUAGCUGAUGGAGAGGAUGAGGCGGCGGCUGGAGAGGAGCCUGCAGCUGAAGAGGCUGUAGAGGCGGAAAACGUAGCAGAACUUGCUGAAGAGACCGAGGCAGUCUCUGAAGAACCUGCUGUGGAGGCAGCAGUAGAGGAAGUGGCUGUAGUAGAAGCAGAGACUGUGGUGGAGGAGGUCGCAGAGGCUGUCGCCGAGGCUGCUGAAGUCAUCGCCGAGGUUGCUGAAGAGGUUGUUGAGGUGGCCAAGGAAGUAGAGGCGGCAGCAGAGGAAGUGGUCAUAGUGGCCGAGGCCGUGGAGGAUGCUGCAGAGGCCAUUGCCGUGCCUGCCUUCCCAGAGGAAGCAGUUGCUGUGGUAGAGCCAGAGAGCAAUGUGGCACCAGUCGCUAUGGCUGCAGCCUCUGCUUUGGCAGUGACAACAGUCGCUGAAGUAGUUUUAGAAGUCAAGGAGGCUGCCCCUGUAGAGGUCCCAGCUGCAGAAGAAGCCGCUCCAGUCGAGGCCGCACCCAUAGAAGAGGCUCCAGCUGCAGUCGAAGAAGCUCCAAUUGAGGCUGCCGCAGCAGAAAUUGUGGAGGCAGACGCUGCUCCUGUGGAGGCAGACGCUGCUCCUGUGGAGGCAGACGCUGCUCCUGUGGAGGCAGACGCUGCUCCUGUGGAGGCAGACGCUGCUCCUGUGGAGGCAGACGCUGCUCCUGUGGAGGCAGACGCUGCUCCUGUGGAGGCAGACGCUGCUCCUGUGGAGGCAGACGCUGCUCCUGUGGAGGCAGACGCGGCACCUGUGGAGGCAGACGCUGCUCCUGUGGAGGCAGACGCUGCUACUGUGGAGGCAGACGCUGCUCCUGUGGAGGCAGACGCUGCUCCUGUGGAGGCAGACGCUGCUCCUGUGGAGGCAGACGCUGCACCUGUGGUGGAAGACGCGGCACCUGUGGUGUUAGAGACGCCAGCAGCUAAGGAGCGUCUCCACAGGAGCAGCGUCUGCGACAUUGUCGUAGUGCUGGACGGAGCGGGCAAGUCAGACAAGAGGCCCAAAGUCCUGGGGAUUGGCCCCAUGACCAGCAGGAUUAUCCCAGACGAAGAUGAGGCCCCUGCUGCUGAGGUGACAGGGCAAGCGACGGCUGCUUAGGAUACAGAUGCAGUUGAACCAACUGACAGUAAGCACUUGGAGACCCUGGAUGAUAUAUCUACUCUGAGGAAGACAAGGGAUGUGCCUUCCCCCACACUUGAACCCUUCCACGCACUUUGACCCCUAACCCCUGACAGUCGACCCUUGAUUUUUAUCUGUAGUAUAAACUUUUCUCCCUGUCUUGCAUAAGGGAAUUGUCUGUGUAUAUGUUCAGAUAAUGCCUGCUUUCUCUCAAUGGGAGUUAUUUUCUUAGUAUUCAGUAUGGUUGCAGCUGUGAAGGCUAAGGAUACUCACAGCAUAGUAUGUCAUAGUUUACUUCACCCAAGAAACCUCACACUAGACUCACUCCAAUGGUGUUUUCUGAUUCUCACCAUCCAAGGCAAUACUACACAUCCGAUGCUCAGCCAGCAAUUUCCUCAUGGCCGGGUAGGAAUGUGACCAGCAUUCUUCAACUAUCCUCAUGUUUGAACUCUUUGGGCUGAUUCCAAUGUGAACAUCACAAGUAUUUAACUCAAAGGGAAUGCGAUCAGACUGCUUUUGUAAAUCAAAUCAAAACAAUCACUCUUUCUGUGUCACUGACUUGUUUUUGGGAGACCAGAUCAAUUAGGCUACCUUACCAGCUCAGUAUUCCUCCAGCUUGUGAUCCACAGACCUUUUAUUCAUGCAGUAUUACAGUUGAACAAACCUUCGCAGUUGCAUGCCAGACAAGUGAUUCAUAUUGGGAAAAGAGCAUGACAACGAAUCAGUCAGGUUUUUACAGUCGGCGAUGUCUCUUCAAGCUAGACUCCAUUGCGUAGUCCAUGAUGUCGCUCUUCAAGAUUUCACAAGGCAGACAUUUUCAUCUCUCUUUUAACUUUUUCCCUCCCCCUCUGUUGUAGAGCCUUUCUCUGCUCAGCACCAUGACUAUAGAGUACACAGCUGUUAGAUAGUCCAUUUAUUUAAGUGACCCACUAUAGCUUAUUGUGGUGAAAAGCUGAAUCUGAAAUAGGAAAAGCCAUGAUUUGAGUGUAUAGCAUGUUUUCCUAGGCUGGUAUAAACAGUUGAGUGUUGUGCUUGUUAUCAUAUGAAAGCAGAUUUUCUUUUUUACUCUGCAGUCAGGCUUGUGUGGUGGCAUACAUUCAGCUUUUCAAAUUAGAUGAUUUGCUAGUUAGUUUAGAUUCCCAAAUACAUGUUCGUAAGUUUGUCAGAACCAGUUAAAAUAAUCUGCAGGCCCUACAAGGCUUUCACUGUAGACAUACUCUACAUAUUUGUUGUAGGACUAGUUCUCUUCUCACUUUCCUCACAUAUUAUAUUUCAUUUUUGAUAUGUUAAGCAUAUUUGAAACGGUUCCGAGACAGUUGAUAAGAAGUGAAUGUAGGAUCAUUCCUAAUUAAGGAGUGGGAUAAUUCAGUGUGUCUGUCCUAAUGUUUGCAUGCAGGUUUUGAAUGGGCUAUAUAGUGGCUUGUCCUGUGAGUGGAUGGCUUCACGCUGUGCAUCUGGCCUAGCAUGGGCUACAAACUGUGACUAUUUGAAACAUUGCUGU